AUGAGUAAGAGGGUGGCAAAAGAUCCACACGUUCAUACACUGCCCUUUCCUAUUUACUUCACCGCAAGUUAUAUUUAUGUAAAUUUGGCGUUUAUAUACGAUCUUGGUGAAGUAAAAAUCGCUAAGAACAAAAGCCUAAAAAAUGCUCAUGUUCGUAUGAAACCCCUUAUAAUGUUUUUGGGCGAAGGCAGAUCCUUAUUUAUUUCAAUCCAUUUCAGCUACAUCGAUCCACUAAGACCGGGCCGUGUGUUUCAUGAGCAUGUAAAUCAACCAACACAAGCUGCCCUAGGGAUCACAUCAAAUUUUAUGAAUCCGAGUCCCGCGUCGCCGAACUGCCUCAAUAAGUGCUUUGCAAGAUCUUGCCCAAUUCUACAAUCACAAUCCGGUACACAUGAUAACAAUGGGAUAUGUAGAAAAAGCAGAAGACUAGGGAUGUAA